GUAUUCUUGCGUCCCGCUCACUCAGGUGGGGUAAUUAAAGGUACGCUAUUGACGGUUAUUGAUAAAGAAGGAAAGGGUUUGCAUUGCCGAGAGGACCUGUCAUAGGAAUAACGUUGGACAUACAAGGCAUAGAAAAGAUUAGUUUCGUAUUUGAAAUGUUCAACAGACUACAGUGACAUUGGAAGAAUGUGAGCACUUACGUACAUUGACGACGGGAUAUAUGUGUUGCUUGUAUAGAUAUUAUAUAGCUUAAUACCGGGUAUACAGCCAAUAUCAAGGCGCAGAAUUCUGAAAACCUGUAUGUAAGGUGAUUUAAAAACAGUUGCACUGCAGUUUUGGAAAUUAAACUUAUCUCAUGUGACAUACAGUUACUCUCCAGAGUGUAAAAUGUAGUGUCCCCACAUAGCCAAUGGAUGAGUUGGUCGGCAAAUAUAGCAGCUGAUCUAAAUACAAUAUGGAGCGCUUGGUUGGAAGUCCGCGACCAGCCAGCAGUGCCAGUAAAAUUCAGAGAAGAGAAACCCCUCGGGAACGGAUCCCGAACCCUCGGGAAGAACCAAAGACCUCAUCACGUGCGGUUUCGCCGGUACAGUCCCUUGCAGCCACUGACCUGGGAUCGGAACUCGAACUCAUAACCUCUGCGCUCGAGCCAACGAUGGAAGCUGUCAAUGUUGAUAUAGAGGACGGGGAGGGAUGGGACACGGAUUUAGAGGAUGUCAAAAAUCUAAUAGAAAAAGCUAAACCAAAGAAACAUGAAAACUACCCCAAACGGAAGAUUUUAACAGAAGAGGAGAAGGCUCGUCUGGUUUACAUCCGGGCAUGUAUAAAGUUCAGCAUCACACCAUCGUCACUGUUUCUCCGCGGGCUCAAAAAGGGACAUGUAAACCUCCAAAACCAGGGCUUAGGACCCCUGGGGACCCAGGCAGUCGCCCUAAGUCUCGUGAUUGACCGGACGGUGACCGAUGUAGUGAUAGCGGGGAACUCCAUAGGACAGACGGGGAUUCGUUACCUCACAGACAUGUUAUUAGUAAACGACAACAUCAAUCACAUCGAUGUAUCCGAUAACAAUCUACAGUCUCACGGUGCACAGGCCCUCAGUAACAUGCUGCUACAUAAUGACAGCAUCUUGUCUCUCAAGGCCUCAGGUAACCAGUUUAACCGAAAUGACGCGCUCCUAUUCGCGCAGGCUAUCCAGUUUGACCGGUUUUCCUUACGUGUGUUGGAUCUAAGCCAUAACAACCUAGAGACGGAAGGAGGACAGCAUCUAGGACCAGCAAUUGCUGCAAACGACACGAUAGAGAUCCUUGACAUCAGCUGGAACCACCUUGCUUACGACGGGAUCAAGGCCGUGGCGGAAGGGCUCAAGGAGAAUACUAGCAUCAAAACCCUUAACGUAUCAUGGAAUGGUAUUGGCGACGAGGGCGCCGUCUGUUUGGUACAAGCUGCAACCAUCAACGAAACGCUCGAAGUCUUGCAAAUGGACGCCAAUCGGAUAGGGCCCAUCGGUCUGGCCAACCUUCUUAAACAAACGGCGAGCAACAAAGCCUUGCUCGAACUUAAGAUGAGUAAGAACCCAAUCACAACCCUAGGGCCAGAAAGUGCCCUGCACGUCAUCAACGCCCAUCCGGAGAUGGGUCUGCAGCUACUAGAGAUACAGGACUCUUGGCUGACUAGUGAAGCUUGUAGACUUGUAUAUGAAAUUCAGGAAUUGAAACCUAAGUUUAAAGUUGUGCAUGGCGGCUUCACGAACGCUCACGACCUUAUUAAGGCAUCUAUAAAGAAGCGGGAAGAAAACUGUAUGAACGACCCUUUCUUGUUCCUCAUCAACUACGUCAAUGACAAUAGACUCCGCUGGAUGGACCUCUUCAACAGGCUCGACACGGACAAGAACUUUUCCAUAAGCUUUGAGGAGUUCCGUAACGGCAUGAAAGCCAACAGCAUACCUAUAUCAGACAAGGACGUAGGAAUUCUUAUGGAACGUUUGGAUGAAGACCACGAUGGAACAAUCGACUUUGGCGAACUGCUUGAAGGUCAAAAGAAGUACUUGAAAAGGUUUGAGAAGGUGAUGGGAGUGACCCCUACUUUGUCAACAUCUACACCUUCAACCAGACAGAAUUCCAGGCCGUCGUCAAGACAACAGUCACGUCCAUCGUCAAGGCAAAAGUCACGGCCGUCGUCAAGGCAACAGUCGAGACCAACAUCAAGAACUGACCGGUCCGCCGCCCUAGCUAGCCAGCAGAAAUCAAAGUCGGACAUGGAAAGCUACACACGGACGAUCCAGUCAGCUCCAGGACUUUCUGUCAUAUCUUGACCGACCUUAAUUCAGUGCUUUCACGUCACACAGUGUGAGCGUUUAUAAAUUGUGUGUGUGACUUUUGACACAAUAAUAAAUUGUGCCCAUUCAUCCGUCUUUGCGUAUUGCAGAGUUAUCUUCUCUUGUGAGGAGGUAUU